ACUUGUUAUGUUUACUACUUUGAUUUGAUAUUCAUUUCGAAAUUCGAACAAUUCUGAAAACGAUACGACUGAUAUUCUUAAUUCUAUAACAAGAUAUAACCUUUGGGUGUAGUGGAUGUAAUAUUUUUCUUGAUAGCAUUUGUUUAUUUUUAUUUUGAAAUGGGUGGCACAGAAGAAACUCUGUUCAGUAUGACUCAAAUUGUGGAUCCUUCAACGAUUUUGAGUCAAGAAGAAAUUCGAAGGGAAAAUGUGCUUUUGAAGAACAUCUUUACUGGAUGUGCAACUGCUUUACAAGGAAUUAUAUGGUGUGCAAGAAGAAGACUUCUGGGAAACUCUAGUUCUUGUGGAAAUUGCAACAUCCCAAUGAGUUGCACCAAAAGGGCAAAAUUGAUAGUAGAUGGAUACGUGUGGUCCUGCAAGAAAUGCCCUAAGCUUGUAACCAUAAGAAAAAAUUCUUUCUUUGAAAAGAGCAAACUUAGUUUAGAACAGAUAUUGAUACUGAUACACGGAUGGGCCGAGGAAUUACCACAGGAUUAUAUUGCUAGACUAGCCAGAAUUGAAGGGAAUCAUACAAUACUUUAUUGGUUCAAUUUAUGUCGGGAAGUGUGUGAGAAAUACUUCAUUAUGAAUAGUAUAACUGUGGGGGGGCUUAAUGAAGAUGGGACGUCCAAGAUUGUCGAGUGUAAAUUUUUCCACAGAAAAUAUCAUUGUGGAAGAUGGAUUGAUGAUAACUGGGUGUUCGGAGGCAUAGAAAGAGGAACAAAAAAGUGCUUUCUGGUGGAAGUACCUAACAAAACAGAAGCUACAUAUUCAGCAUUAAUUGAGAGGUAUUUGUUAGAAUUUCUGCAUGGCUUCAUUCAUAUAAAAUUGAGGUAUAUUUUACCUGGAUCAAUUAUUGUUUCUGACGGCUGGAGGUCAUAUGGCAGCAUUCAUAACAUAGGUGGAGGGUUGUAUGAACAUCAAGUCAACAUCCACGAGGAAAACAUUGUGGAUCCCAAUGAUAAUUGUAUUCAUACACAGAAUGUGAGAAAUAUGUGGAUGCGUGCGAAGAAGAAACUCAGACGACAAUUUGUUAGUUCUGAAGCAAUGCUCCAGUCAUACUUACAUGAUUUUGUUUGGAAAAACCAGUUCUCAAAGAUCCAAGUGUUCUCGGAGUUUCUAAAUGCGGUUGUUGCACAGUAUCCAGUUAAAUGAGUGAUAAUGCUUCUGUGAAUGUUGUUACCCUUUCCCUCCCCCUCUCAAGAUAGGACUUGUCUAAUUUAAGUUAUUGUCUUUAUCAUUCCUCAAGGAAAGAAUUAUUUUGUAAUAUACAUAUUUUAAGUUAUGUUCUUUGUUUUCCCUCAAGACAGGAAUUGUUUAGUUUAUAUUAUUUUCUUUGUUCUCCCUCAAGACUUGUAUUGAUUAAAUUAUUACUUUUUCUCAGGA